AUGGGUUACACCGACUUGGACCAAUUGGCCAUCAACACGAUCCGUGUUCUCGCGGUCGAUGCCACCUUCAAGGCCAACUCCGGUCACCCCGGUGCCCCCAUGGGCAUGGCCCCCGUGUCCCACGUUCUCUUCAACAAGUUCAUGAACUUCAACCCUCAGAACCCCGACUGGGCUAACCGGGAUCGUUUCGUUCUCUCGAACGGCCACGGUUGCAUGCUCCAAUAUGCUCUGCUCCACCUCUUCGGCUACAAGGUCUCCAUGGAUGACCUGAAGGCCUUCAGACAACUCGACAGCAUCACCCCCGGUCACCCCGAGGCUCACGACACCCCCGGUGUUGAGGUCACCACGGGUCCCCUGGGUCAGGGUUUCGCCAACGCCGUCGGUCUGGCCAUUGCCCAGGCCCAGGCUGCCGGUACCUACAACAAGUCCGGCUACAACCUCUUCAACAACCACACCUACGUCUACUUCGGUGAUGGCUGUGCUAUGGAGGGUAUUGCCAGCGAGGCCGCUUCCAUGGCCGGUCACUUGAAGCUUGGCAACCUGAUUGGUAUCUACGAUGACAACGGUAUCUCCAUCGACGGUGACACCAAGUGUGCUUUCACCGAGGAUGUCACCAAGCGCUUCGAGGCCUACGGCUGGCACACCGUCUGGGUUAAGGACGGUGACAACGACCUUGAGGGCAUCGAGGCCGCCAUCCGCGAGGCUCAGUCCGUCACCGACAAGCCCACCAUGAUCCGCCUGACUACCACCAUUGGUUUCGGUUCCAAGCUGCAGGGUACCGGUGGUGUCCACGGUAACCCCCUCAAGGCCGACGACUGCGAGGGCGUCAAGCAGCUGUUUGGCUUCGACCCCAAGCAGAGCUUCGUCGUCCCCCAGCAGGUCUACGACCUCUACCACAAGCGCGCCGCCGAGGGUGCCGCCAAGGAGCAGGAGUGGUCCCAGCUCUUCCAGAAGUACUCUGCUGAGCACAAGGCCGAGGGUGCCGACCUGAGCCGUCGUCUCUCUGGCAAGCUUCCCGAGGGCUGGGAGAAGAGCCUGCCCGUCUACAAGUCCAGCGACGCCGCUGUCGCUUCCCGUAAGCUGUCCGAGGCCGUCCUCGAGAAGAUCCACGACGUCAUCCCCGAGCUGCUGUCCGGCUCCGCCGAUCUGACUGGCUCCAACAACACCCGCUGGAAGAACGCCGUCGACUUCCAGCCCCCCGAGUACGGCAUCGGCGACUGGUCCGGCCGCUACCUCCGCUACGGUGUGCGUGAGCACGCCAUGGCUGCCGUCAUGAACGGUCUUGCCGCCUACGGCCUCCACAUCCCCGCCGGUGGUACCUUCCUGAACUUCGUCUCCUACGCCGCCGGUGCCGUCCGUCUGUCCGCCCUUUCCCGCGUCCGUGUCAUCCACGUCGCGACCCACGACUCCAUUGGUCUGGGUGAGGACGGCCCUACUCACCAGCCCAUCGAGACCCUGGCCCACUUCCGUGCUCUCCCCAACUGCAUGGUCUGGCGUCCCGCCGACGGCAACGAGACCAGCGCUGCCUACUACUCCGCCCUCACCUCCAAGCACACACCCAGUAUCCUGGCUCUUACUCGCCAGAACCUGCCCCAGCUGGAGGGCAACUCCAUCGAGGCUGCUCUGAAGGGUGCCUACCCCGUCAUCGAGGCUUCCGACGCCGCCGUCACCCUCAUCUCCACCGGUUCCGAGGUCAGCAUCUGUGUUGAGGCCGCCAACUACCUGAAGGAGAAGCACGGCGUCACCGCCCGCGUCGUCUCCGUGCCCUGCUUCGAGGUCUUCGACGCCCAGGACAAGGCCUACAAGCUCAAGGUCCUCCCCGACAACAUCCCCGUCAUGUCCGUCGAGGCCCUCUCCACCAUGGGUUGGGAGCGUUACGCUCACGAGCAGUUCGGUCUGAACCGCUUCGGUGCCUCGGGUCCUUACAAGGAUGUCUACAAGAAAUUCGAGUUCACCCCUGAGGGCAUCAGCAAGCGCGCUCUGGCCACCAUCGACUUCUACAAGGGCACGCCCGUGCGCUCGCCCAUCAACCGUGCCUUCCAGCAGAUCUUGUAG